AUGCCGCCGAAAACCAUGUCUGCGCUCUUCCUGGGCGUCGAGCUUGCGACGGACCAGCUGCGUGCGUCGAUUGUGGAUGAAAAUUUGGAGUUGAUGGGCGUAGAGUGUGUGGACUUCGAUACGGGACUGCCGGAGUACCAGACACACGGAGGCAUCUUUACGACUCCAGGAGAUGCGUUCACGACGCCUGUUGAGAUGUGGAUCAAGGCCUUUGACAUACUCAUGGAGAAGAUUGGCAAGGGAUACGAUUUGACGAGGAUCAAGGCCGUCGGCGGUGCUGCCCAGCAUGCCCUCGUCUGGUGGCAUGCCAGCCAAAUGCCCCAGCUCCAGGCGCUGGAUCCUCGCCUGCCAAUCCAUGCGCAGAUCCCGAUGACCGCGUUCACGCUGCAGAACACGCCGGUCGCUCAGGACACGUCUGCGCACACGCACGCGCUCGCGCUGGAGGCGGCGCUCGGUGGACCGGACCUGAUGGCGGCACGCGUAGGGACAUGCGCGCAUGCGUCGCUGCUCGCGGCGCAGCUCCUGCGAGUGCGCGAGGCCUGGCCCGAGGUGUGGGCGCGCACAGGCAAGGUACAGGUCGCCAGUAGCUUCAUAGCAAGUCUCUUCUGUGGAGCGUAUGCCGGUAUGGGCGAGGCAGAGGCGUGCGCCACGGGUCUUUGGGCGCACUCUGGGCCACAGCCUGCGGGGACACCGAGUCAUUGGGAUGAGGGUGUUCUUGAGAUCGUUGGCGGGAGUAGAGACGAGGGUAGGCGAAUCUGGGGAUGGCUGGGCGAUGUGGACAUCUCAGGUGGGCGGCGGAGGAUUGGCAGUAUCUCGCGAUAUUUGGUCGAUCGGUAUGGCUUUGAUCCUGAAACUAUUGUCACGCCCUUCACAUCGGACUAUCUCUCAACAUACCUCUCUCUGUGCCCCUCACCGUCCGAUGCUGUGCUUUCCUUUGGCCCGAUGGAUGCCUUGUUGGCGCCUGCCACUAAUUACAUACCCACCCGCCUGUACACCCUCUUCCCACAUCCUGCGCAGGACGCUAGCGAGCGGCGACGCUACGUCCUCAUGCUGUCAAGCAGGAACGCAGAUGUUCCUCGCGCGCUCGUGCGCGACAUGUACACGAAGAGCUGGAGUGCUUUCGAUCGUCUGGUAGCCAUUGUCCCGCCUGGAGGCUCAAUAGGACUCGACGACAAGCUCUUCAGUUACUGGCUUUUGCAAGGGGAUGCCUACCCCUUCUCACACGUCAAAGGCAUCUUUCGCUUUGAGACCGGUGUGAAGGUCAACGAGUUCCGCGACCUCCGUGCGAACCCGCGAUGCCUCCUGGAGAGCCAAGUCCUCUCCUUCCGCAUUCGCUGGUCCCGCAUGCUCUCCACCGGCGUCCUCGGCCCCAACGCUGGUCGGGGUCGUGCCGCAAAUGCCUCGCCAAGCCCCGUGUCCCAGCAAAAACGCAACCAGACGGGCACGGCAAACUACAUGGGUCUUCCGUUCGACCCGUAUGACUAUACUCCCCUUCCUACACGCGUCAUCUCGACGGGCGCCGCCGCAAACUUCCCGUCCAUCGCCAACCUUGUCGGCGAUAUCUUCAAUGCACCCGUCUUGGUGCCCACCACGCAGAUUGACGGCGCACAGGUCGUACCGCAUCGGAAUGCGCCCCCACAGGGAUUCCCUGCGCGUGCGGCUCUCGGUGGCGCGUACGUCGCCCGGUGGGUGUGGGGCAAGGAGAAGGGCACGCCUGCGGGCACCGGCCGGGGCGGGUUCGAGGAGGAAGUCCGCCGUCUGCUCGCGAAGCGUUGGGCGGCGUCGGGCGGCGCGCCGAUCCGCACGGACGUGAACGCACCGGGCGCGAACAGCAAGGCUCCCAGUGCUGCGGGGAGCGGCGCGAGCACGCCGUAUGGCCACGGGACCCGCUCGACGCUCGGUGCGACGAUCCUCGUGGAGGAGGACGAAGACGAGAGCGAGGAGCUGGACAAGAUCGGGGGGAUGCAGAGCUCGUUUGGAGCAUCUGCGUUCAACGAAGCAGACCUCGGCCGCAUGCGGACGGUGACGAGCUCGACCGCGGGCACCUCCAUGUCAGGCAGUACACUCGAUGGGCCCUCCACUGCGUUCACCACUCCCGAUCUAGGAGGCACCACCCCUACCGCUGAGACACCCGCCACCGACUCCGCUGCACAAUCCACCCCUACCUCCCUCGUCCCUGUUACCGCCAUGCCCACCUCCGACGCUGAACUGCAACUCGGCCUCGCGAAGGUCGCCGAGCCAGACGUGGAUGCCUUCAUGUCCUACGCCGCGAUCGUGCCCGAGUUCUGCCGUCUGGAGGGCCUCAUGAUCAAGUCGCUAGUCUAACCGACCCUACUGCUCCUCGCUCCUACGUGAACACUCUGGUUUCCUGCUGUGCUUUCGACGCAUCGUCGAUGUUUGUCUGUUGCUGUGGCGCUCCGCUCCGCUCGGUUUCACUUGACUCUUGGUCCUCGUAGGUCCCCCGUGCGCGUCCCUCCAGGCGACGUGCCGCCAACCAAAAUUACAUGUAGCAUUUCAUGUCUGCGGUCAACUAUACCAAGGGCUGGAAUCGCGAUCGCAGGGCAUGCUAGUACGGUACUCGAGCAUAUUGUGGUAUUUAGAUAGCAGUAUUGACAUAUUGGCAUUGUGUACAAUUCCUGCAGUGUUCUGCUGGCGUAUCUAUGAAUGACCCGCACUGCUCGGGCCAGCGUGGUCCGUAUCCGCGUGCAAGGAUGUCACUUA